UCUGACGAGAGGCCCCAGCUUGUAAAUUAAUUUACUUUUUGUAGAGGGCUCGCUCGUUAAUAACGGUGCAAUUUAAAAGACUGUCUGGUGCCAUUAGCUAAACAUCGGCUACAAAUGUUUUACUAUGAGUUGUUUUCGGUCUAAAUCUGGGAGGCUUGACGAAGGAAGUGAGUUCAUGACGCCAUGAGUCCACCGGUGCCGCCCACGUUCUUCUGCUGUUGUCACAGAAAAAUCUGGUUGCAUUCAGCAGUAGGACGUGAACGCAUCUGUUUUUCCUCCUAAUUGUUACCUGCCUUCACGGAUAAUAUGGAAGGACGAGCACAAUGAACCGAUACACCACCAUCAGACAGCUCGGGGAUGGCACCUAUGGCUCCGUCAUCCUCGGCCGCAGUCUGGAGUCAGGAGAGCUUGUUGCCAUAAAGAAAAUGAAACGCAAGUUUUACUCCUGGGAAGAAUGCAUGAACCUCCGAGAAGUCAAGUCACUAAAGAAACUCAACCACACAAACGUGAUCAAACUCAAGGAGGUAAUCCGAGAAAAUGAUCACUUGUACUUCAUAUUCGAGUACAUGAAGGAAAAUUUGUAUCAGCUAAUGAAAGAUAGGGCACGUUUGUUUCCCGAGUCCGCUGUCAGGAAUAUUAUGUUUCAGAUACUUCAGGGACUGGUGUUUAUUCACAAACAUGGCUUCUUCCACAGGGACAUGAAACCGGAGAACCUUCUGUGCAUGGGCCCAGAGCUGGUGAAAAUAGCUGACUUUGGGCUUGCCCGCGAGAUCCGAUCUCGACCACCAUACACGGACUACGUCUCAACCAGAUGGUACAGAGCUCCAGAGGUGCUGCUCAGGUCCACGUCCUACAGUUCCCCCAUAGACCAGUGGGCAGUCGGCUGCAUCAUGGCUGAGCUUUACACUCUCAGGCCUCUUUUCCCAGGAUCCAGUGAAGUAGACACCAUAUUCAAGAUUUGCCAAGUCUUGGGUACACCAAAGAAGACCGAUUGGCCAGAGGGACACCAGCUGGCCAGUGCCAUGAACUUCCGCUGGCCUCAGUGUGUUCCCAAUAAUCUGAUGACGCUGAUCCCACAUGCCAGUCCUGAAGCCGUCCAUCUGAUGACAGACCUGCUUCAGUGGGAUCCCAAGAAGAGACCAGCCUCUGCUCAGGUUCUCAGGUACUCAUACUUCCACGUGGGCCAGGCUUUGGGCACUCCUCAGCAGAUCCUGGAGCAGGGCAGACCUCAUCCAGGCCUUGUGCAUCUGCAGACUCCUUUGCAGUCACAACAAUCUCUGCAGCGGCAGCAGCAGUCUCUAUUGCUGAAGCCGAUGCCCCCCUCUCAGCCUCCACCUUCGAACCAUCACUGUCCCCCGUCCAGGCCUCUCCAGCAGAUCCAGCCCUCCCCUGCACCAGCAGCUGCACAGGCGGCGGCGUACCAGCGGCACACAGAGCUGGUGCGAGAGCAGCAGCAGCCGAAGCACAUCUCGAAGCAGGAACAGGCGGAGGGAAUGCCACAGAGCCGUCUACCUUACAUCAUGGACAAGAGCCUGCAGAGCAAGCAAACACAGCAGGAGUCAGACAACGCAAACCUGCUUAGUUAUAUAAAACCUAAAGGAGGAGGGCGGCGGCGCUGGGGACACGGAACUGGACAUCUCAAAGGACAAGACUGGGACAACUACGAAGAGACUGAUCUGUCCUCGGUGGGUGCUCUCGGAAAAAAUAACCUCUCUGUGAAGUCGAGGCCGGGAGAAGACUCUCUGAGCAGGUUUGGAAAUAUUCUGGAUUUCAGUCGACCCAGUGGGAAAGAAGACGCACCUUUAAACCUGAACAAAGCUGCAGCCUAUCAAGAGCCGUCAAGAACUGCCUCUGCCAAACAGCAUUACCUGAGGCAGUCCAGAUAUUUACCUGGCAUUACUACUAAGAAGAACGUGGCCAUAAAUGCCAGUAAAGAGUACACAGGAAGCCAUCUUUGGGGCGGCAGCAGUAUUCCAUUUGGCGGGACUCUGCCGAGCAGAGGAGCUCACGGCACAAAUACAAUCCCAGGUGGAUACAUGCCAUCAUUUUACAAAAAGGACAACGGCUCUGCUGGUCCCAGAGGGCGUCAGGGUGCUUCAGGAGAAACGGCGUCAAAUUAUGCAACAUGGCGGUCGGGUCGGAGCCAAAUGAACCCCUCAGCCAGCACGCCAACAGCCAACAAGAGCACAUACAGUCUGCUGCCCCGCCCGCCAUUACAGACCAUUCAUGGGCGCCCAGACUGGACUACCAAAUAUGGACACCGUUAGUGGCCUGCCUUGAGCUCUGAUUUGUGCUCUGAGAACUCUUUCCUUUCCAAAGAGUAGGCCUAGUUAUUUUACAGUCCUGUUCUGUAAAUAAACCUUAAACAGCAGCAAUAAACUUAGUUUCAUUAUGUAUACUUUGGACGCUGUGAGUUGUAAAAUAUUACGUUUGGUUCAAUGCGAUAAACCAAAAUUCAAGUGAAGCCC